CAGCUCUAAUUGUGAUUCCUCUAACGUCUCGAUUCGUACAUGUUGACUCUGUGCCACAUGGUUAAUGGUGACGCCAGGGAGCAAAUGUGUCAAAAAGUUAGAUGCGAGAACUAAAACCACAGCGAGAGAUGGCUCGAUUUAGCCUUGUAUCAGGUUGUUAAUCUAACAGAGAGGAGCCCGUUCCCCCCGCGGUGGUGUUUAGUUUCAUGUUUGUUACAUGAACGGCCUGGUUUUGCAUUCUCGUAGAUGUUUGAAAUCUGCAGUGGGAUGAUACCAAAAUACGACUUUAUGCGACUGUAAUAUCCACUGUACACACAGCAAGCGUUGUUUCAUUUUUUUGCUAGUGUUGGCAUUUCUUCUAAUGAAUGAGAUGGUUGCUUGACUUCCUGUUUUGUGGGCCUUGAUACAACGGACAUUUGUUCGCAUAAUGACAAUUAUGUAGGUUAGUCUAAAUGUGAGCCAGUAAGCAAGAUCUUUGUGCUGUCAUUUAUUUUACCUCAUCUCUUGUGGCUUUACUGAUAAAUCACUUGAUCCAGCAAAUAUGAUGUUGUGACUUUAUCUUUGAGGUUAAGUCCAACCCCAGAUAACCUGUAAAGCUGUUUGCUUGAAGUAGUAUAAACGUCCAAACCUCUAGCUUCUAAUAUUAUAUAUUUCACGGUAGAUGUGCCAGGAUCUUUUUAUACACGUUUCUUGGUUUUAAUCACUAAUUUAGAUAUAAACACACGUUCAAAGCAAUUUAAUAGAUUUGACAGUCUUUCUUCCUGUGGUAAGCCGUGGAAACAUCUCGUACACUUCUGUUUUAAACUGAAUGCAGAAACAGGAAGAGGAAGUUGUAGUCUGCACUUUCUCCUCUCUGACUGAUAAGCUCUCAGCCGGCUGUCAGGAAGAGCUUGUUCGAGGGGAGGAUGAAGGAGACGGAUCAAGCUGCUCGCCGGUGCUCCAACUAAAACUUCAGCAGAGACGGACUCGAGAAGAACUGGUUAACCAAGGGAUCAUGCCACCACUGAAAAGUUCUGCAUCCUUUCAUGAGCAGCGACGAAGUUUAGAACGAGCUCGGACCGAGGACUACCUGAAGAGAAAGAUCCGCAGUCGUCCAGAGAGGUCAGAGCUGGUCAGGAUGCACAUUCUUGAAGAGACUUCAGCAGAGCCGUCUCUUCAGGCCAAGCAGCUUCUGCUGAAACGAGCUCGACUAGCCGACGGUCUGAACGACAAAAUCUCCCAGCGGCCCGGUCCGAUGGAGCUCAUUCACAAAAACAUCCUGCCAGUGCACAGCAGCCUCAAACAAGCCAUCAUAGAGACGGAGUUUCCAAAAGUGGAAGCGGAGAACUCUUCAUUCGACGAGGAAAGCAGUGAUUCGUUAUCACCAGAGCAGACACUCCAUCAGGACUCUCCCCUCGGCCAAGGACACUUACCUUCCCCACCUGAGAUACUGGCCAGUGAAACCACACCAAAACAGGUCCCGCCUCCUCCUCCACCUCCUCCUCCUCCUCCACCGCUGCCAAACACAGCUGGUCCUGCCCCUCCGCAGAAACUAGCCAAUGGAACAACAGGCCACAAGCAAGCUCCUGCACUACAAAAGGGUGGUAAAGUGGGUAGUGAGCGCCCUAUUCAGCGCUCUAAGAAGGUGAGAGACAACAAACCAAAAGUGAAGAAGCUGAAGUAUCACCAGUAUAUUCCUCCGGACCAGAAAGCUGAGCGUGAGCCUCCACCUCUGCUCGACUCCUCCUACACCAAACUCCUCUAUCAGCAGCAGCUCUUCCUCCAGCUGCAGAUCAUCAACCAACAGCAGCAAAACUACAACUACCACACCAUCCUGCCUGCUCCACCCAAGCCUCCUGGUGAUCAGCAGCCUGCCUCAGCCAAUGGCUCGUCGCCAUCCAAAAAUGACACGCCUCCUCAUUCAGCAUCAACUAAUCUGACUGGCCAGAAUCAGCAGAUCACUGCAAUUAAAAUAGGACCUCUGCCUCCCAACCUGGAUGAGCUAAAGGUGGCAGAGCUGAAGCAGGAGUUAAAAGUGCGGGGCUUAACCGUCUCAGGCACCAAAAAUGACCUAAUUGAGCGGCUGAAGAAUUUUCACGAGCAGAACGGUGGCACCAGUGCACCAGCGUCUUCUAAAACCAACACACCAUCACCCCCUGUAGUGGGAGGAGUCUCUUCCUCCACCCAGUCAUCAGGCAGGAGCGUGGUGGUUGCUUCCUUCCCAUUCGUCGCGACUGCAGAAAGGGGUGGAGCUCAGAUGACAGUGCCUCAGAUAAUGCAGUUUGGCAGCACUAGCUCCUCCCCUCCGGUUUCUCCCGCCCACUCAGAGCGCUCAUCGACUGGAAUGAGCCCAGAUGAAAUGAGCUGUAAUGGGGAUGCUUUUGGGGAAAUGGUGACCUCUCCUCUUACCCAGCUCUCCUUGCAACCUUCUCCUCCUCUCCCCUCCACGAUCUGCAUUAAAGAGGAGCCCGGCAGCUGGACGUCUCCGUCCUCCUGCUGUCUGGUGUCCCAGUCUGCAGCGCCCGCUAUAGACAAGGACCAGAUGCUGCAGGAGAAGGACCGGCGCAUUCAGGAACUCACACGCAUGUUGCUGCAGAAGCAGCAGGUGGUCGAAUCUCUGCGCUCGCAGCUGGAGGGCAAACAGGUGGGUCUGCCGGUCCGAGUGAAAGAUGAACUUCCUGGUGUCACUAUGGAAGCGGUCAGGGCGACCAUAAAGGAAGAGGUCAUAGAGGUGAUUGAAGACAGCGAGAUGGUGACAGAGCCGCCGGUAUUCCCACAGGCAGGGCAGACGCAGACGCAGCUGCAGCAGCAAAGGAUGGUGGCUGCAAUAGAGGUGGAGCAGGACCAGCAGCAGCAGCUCAUAAUGCAACAGAAUCAGCGCAACCUGCAGCGACAAGCACAUCAGAGAAAGAGGAAAUCACAAAAACAACAGCACAACCAACAAAAACAACAGUUGCCUCAAGCACUUACCAACCAGCAGUCAAGUCCUGUUUCUUCAUUCCCAGUGGAUGUACUGAAAUCAACAUCCACCCCCACCAUAGUGACCGACAGAAAUGGCAACCAGUUCCUGCUAACACUGUCGAAUCAAAACACAGAGGCACCUGCCAGAGGCCGCCGCGCCCAGAGCAAAAGACUGCAGUCUACACCCACCAUGUUACCCAACAAGUCAGUGACUGAAGUGCUUAACAAUAACAACCAAUCCGAACAGCCCAUACAAACCGUCAUUUUGAAACAGCCAAUCAAAAAGGCACUAAAGCCAGACCUAAAUAUGACGACCAAUUACAAAUCAUCAAGCUGUACCUCCAUCUCAUCACCAGCCAAUAUCCAACCAUUCUUCUCUCAAGUGGAAUCCAUGAACGACACCGAGGCCUUCCCCUCAUCUCCCAACAACAACAACAACGAGGAGAUGUGUUUGAAUUCGGACCAGCAUGCUUUGCUCUCUCCUUCCACCUUGUGUUCACCCAUAGCUCUUUGUCAUCAGGAGAAUGGCUGUCACCAGCAGGUUGACGACCUGUUUGACAUCCUAAUUCAGCGUGGAGAAAUCUCUGAGAAUUUCAAAACCACCCCUGAUCCUGUUCUCGAAAGGCUUCGGCCGAACACGCCUCUUUCCUCAAGCUCCUCCCCUCUCAGUCUUUCCCGUACUCCUGAUAUGCCCCUCAAAACUUUAAUUUUACAACCUCAGCAUCCUUCAAUUAAGGCGCACAGCAACUGGGACACAGGAGGGGGGCGUCUUGAAGAUUUCCUGGAAAGCACUACCGGCAAACCUUUGCUGGGAGUGGAGCCAGGAGGACCGACGACGCUAAUUGUUGACCUCCACAACCAAAUGCUCAGCACCCCGAGUAUCCUAGACCACCCACGUUCCCCAAUGGAUACAUGUGACAUGAGUUUUUCCAGUCACUCACCUUCAGAUAUGAUAGACUCCGCCCCCGAUCCUAUGGAUUGGAUGGAGCUCGGAAUGGGCGGGACUGGAGGGGAGGGGCCUGGGAUGGUACAUAUGAAUGGACACGAGUCCUCUAGCUUAUUUUCCACGGACUUUCUGGACACUUCUGAUCUGAAUUGGUCCAGCUUAUAGUUCAUGGGAUAUUGCAGACUGCUAUAUUUUUGGAUAGGGCCUAUUGUUGUUUAGAUUUCUUUACAUAGUACGGUUUAUAUUUGUUUCCACCAGUGACAAAAGUAUGGAUAUUCAAAAUACUAAUUUAACUUGGAUUAUGUUACAUUUUGACGGACUUUAUCCCUCACCUGUGCUUGCACAAACGCUCACACCCCUGACUGCACACAAAUGUCACAGAGCUGUCUAUAUUUCAUUUUUAUCUGGAAGGUGUCAUUUGUUGUGCUUUUGUUCAUCUGAAACACAUUACCUAAAUAUUUCAAAUUUGGAUAUUUGAACAAGAUGUUUUUGUGUUUUUUAUUAUUUAAAAUAUUGUGAAUUGCUCCUAUAUUAAUGACACUGAAAACAAGAUGCUUUCUAGAUGAUGGAGUCUUUUAAACUCCUCUGUGAUGUAUGUGUGCUCAUGGAAACAUGCAUACAAACAAGCAACAGAUCCUGUUUUUGCAUCAGUUUUAGCAAAUUCAUUCACUAAGUGCAGCUUUUGAAUUUAAUUCACCUUUAAAUUUGAUUUUGCGGCAUUAAACAAAAAACAAACAAAAAAAUUCUGACUUUACCUGCUUUGUCAUAUAUAGCUGGUAAACGUAUGCAUACUCGUUAUUAAAAACUCAAUAGCUUUGAAAUAUACACCUGGAUUUUACUAUUUAUAGUACUGACCUAAUGUUGCUAAAAUUUUUAUAUUAUAAGCCAACGGGUUUUGAAAUAUAUAUAUAUUUUUUUUUUAGCAUUGACAUUUAUGUUACCAUAAGGGUAUUAAUAAUAAUAAUAAUGAAGAUUAUAAUAAUAAUUAUUUGUUGUUGUUAUUAUUACUGUUAUUAAUAUUAAUAAUCAUUAGUACUUAACACUUUUUAAAUUCAGUUAGAUCGCAGUAGGUAUGUGUAACCACAGUUGCUAAUUGCGACAUUAUCUGUUCAGCAUUUUGUAUAUGUGCCAAAAAUAUUAUUUAAUGACUAUAUAGAUAGCCAGUAAGCUAUUUAAUAUUUAAUUGAAUUAUAAAACAGCAGUUGGACUAUGCUACUUUAGCUAUUUUUUUUUUUCAAUAUGGAAAGACAAGCCAUUCAAACCAUGUUUUUGUUAGCGUUUGCUAGCAUUGCAAGCUGAUGAGAGAAGUUUUCAUUGCGUAGUUAAUUGCUAUGUUAAUAGUACAAUAUCAAAAAAUUCCUAGAGUGCUUGAUGAAUUAAUAGCUUUGUGUUACUCCUUAUCCUUGCCAGGAUCACAUUAAAUGUCAUCACCAAAGUACAGUAUGAGACAAAUUUUUAUCACAUUUUAGCAAGCUGUAAAGAGGUCUUACUGUUUCAUAUUUUUUUAGAUCCAGUAAAUAAUUCUAAAUAUUUUGAUCAAACUGUGCAUGCUAUAUAUUGCAUAAGUUCUGGGAAAUUACUUUAUUACAUUAUAUUUUAAUUUAAUUUUCUUAAAAAUCAAACAUGCCUGUACACUCUCAGAAAAAAAGGUACAAAAGCUGUGACUACCUUUUCAAAAAGUACACUUAUGUACCUUUUGGGUACUAAUAUGUACCUUUAAGGUACCAAUAUGGACUCUUUAGGUACAACGGUGUGCCUUUUGAAAAGGUAUUGCCCUAGUGACAACUUUUGUACCUUUUUUUCUGAGAAUGUACCUUUCAGAAAUAUUGCGUCCAUCUUAUAGAUCUGAAUGGGAGUUAUUAAAUGUUUCACUGUAUAUAUUCUGCAUUGUAUAUGAACUUAAAUGUUGUAUAUGCCUAUCACAGUACACAGCGUACUGUAUAUACUGCACUGUAUUUUAUCAAUACUUCUGUCUGUAGGCUGAAGUUUUGAUGAAGGAAUAUGAGCCUAUAAGAGAUAAUGAAUGUUUCUAAGAUGAUUUGAAUGUAUAGUUCUUGGUGUAUAAAAGAUUAUAAGAUAUACACACGGCAUAAUCACAUCUAAUCAAUAAGGAACAUUCAAAUUUCAAGGACCCUCAAACACAUUUGUAUAUUAUUACUGUUACUUUCUUUAUGCAUUGCUUUAAUGUGCAUUUUGUUCUGUGCUUCUGCAUAUUGUACAUGAGCUCAGGAAUGAAUUGUAUUUUGUGUGUGUGUGUUGGUUGGUAUAUAUAUGUGACGUCAUUUGGGGGAACAGCAUUACUGUCCGCAGUAUUCAGGCUCUCCAUCUGUUUGAAUUUGCACUUUCAGAGUUUUGGCUGGUUUUUCUUGUGGCCCAAAUUGAGCUUUAUAUCCACAUGAUCUCCAGUCCACCUGCUGUACACUGGAGAAUCAAACUCCUCAGUGCUUCAUUGGCUGAAUGUAUUCAUUUUUGGGGCUUCAGAGCCUCUCAGGGCUUAAUGUCUUUAAGACUUUUUAUUUUAUUUUUGGAAAGUAAAUCAAAUGUUACAAAUAAAAAUAAAGGUUUUUGGGGUGCUUUUCAGAGAAGAAAGGCCAAAAAAUUCAAAUAAAAAAUUGAGUCAGAA